AUCACUUAUUUAUACGUACUCUUCUUGUUCACCAUAACCUUCAUCUCAUCAUCUUUGUUCAAACAAACAAAAAACACUUUACAUACAUAUCCACAAAACAAUUCCGUAUAGAAAGAAUGCGUGAUACAACAUGUCUCGAGCGACUCAGCCUGGCUUUGAGAACCGCCUUGGCUUGUCUCAUCGUGAGCUUGACCACUUUGUACGGUCCCAAACCACUAAAAAACUUGGCAACGUUUCCAGCCUUCUCUUAUCUAACCACAAUCUUAAUCUGGCUAUCCGAUGCCGAACCAACAUACGGUGAAGUCCUCAAAUGUUGUGUUGACGUAUCUUACGCCACUUUUCAGACAGCAGCCAUUGUGCUUGUGAGUGUCUUGGUGGUUGGACCAGCCUCCCUAGGAAUUAGCUUGGUGGCUCCAGUUGCUGUGGCUGUAGCUUCAUUCAUCGUGGCUUUCCCAGCGUCCACGAGUCUUUUAACCAAACGAAUUGCCUUUGGGCAGAUCGUUCUUGUCUAUGUAACCUUUGCUGUGUUCAAUGGAGAGGUUCCUCAUGUUUUCAUGCUCCCCGUUCAUGUGGCGGCUAGUACAGCACUUGGAGCCAUUGCUUCUCUACUCGCCGUGCUUCUCCCGUUUCCAAGACUGGCUCAUAGUCAGAUGUCUAAAGGUUGCAAAUUAUACGCUGAAAAUGCUCUUGAGAGGUUGAAUUUGUUCGUCGAUGUCAUUAUGGCUCGAGACAACACCACAGCUCAGGUGUUGAUUGCAAAGGCCGCUUCAUUGUCUGCAGCAGCUAGACAUACACUCAAGGACAUCAAAAUCCACCAUGACCGUCUUGCAUGGGAGAGACCAGAUACAAGAUUCUUGAAAAAGAAGCAAAAUCAUCAAGGGGAGAAACUACAAGCCACGGAGUUUCUGAUGAGAGGGAUGGAGAUAGCGUUGGGAUCUUGCAGUUCUUUUCCUCUAGGCAUGAGCCGCGAUGAAGUGACAAAUCUUCUAGAAGCUCCCAGAACACAUAUCGCUCCUGAGUCAGCAGCACCUACUCUCAAGCCUGAGGACAGGCCGAGAUGCCUUCCUGAAGCUGGUUCUCUUUCUACAACAGCUUUACCAGUAUACUUCUUCAGAUACUGUGUGGAGCUCUUCAGAGGUGACGUCUCAUCUGUGAGACAAGACAGUAAACGUGUAGAUGGGUCGUUCACGUCCAAAAGCUUUUUGGAUGCUCUCUCUGUCUGGAUGGCUAGAGAGAGGUUUGUAUUUGCAUUCAAAUGCUCGAUCUCUCUAGGCCUUGCGGUGCUGUUUGGUAUACUCUACAACAAAAAAAACGGGUACUGGUCGGGUCUAACCGUAGCCAUCAGUCUUGUAUCCGGAAGGCAAGCGACGCUAACAGUAGCGAACUCUCGCUUACAAGGAACAGCCAUGGGAUCAGUCUACGGUCUGUUGUGCUGCGCUGUUUUCCAAAGACUAGAAGAGUUCAGGUUCUUGCCUCUCCUCCCUUGGAUAGCCGCCACCGUCUUCAUGAGACACAGCAAAGUCUAUGGCCAGCCUGGAGGAGUUACAUCCGCCAUUGCGGCGUUGUUGAUACUUGGAAGGAGAAACUACGGAGCUCCCACUGAUUUUGCUAUUACUAGAAUUGUUGAAGCUUCGAUAGGGCUGCUUUGUUUUGUCCUUGGGGAGGUUCUUGUCACUCCUGCGAGAGCGUCAACUCUCGCAAGAGCUGAACUUAAACACUGCCUCGACGCGGUCUUAGACUGUAUUGGAUCGUUGGUUCUUUGCUCUGAGCAAAAGAACAUGCCGUUGUUGGAUUUGAGAAGCAAGCAGGCGAAACUCAACUCUCACGUUGAAGCAUUGGAGAGGCUAACGUCAGAAGCCUUGAGAGAGCCUAAUGUUCCAUUCCUCAAACCUCUCAACGCGGUUAGUUACAAGAAGGUUUUGGUUUCUCUCUCGAAGGUAUCUGAUCUCUGUCUCUAUGUUUGUGAUGGUCUCACAAACCUAUCUGGAGCGCAUCCUUGGGACCAAGCCAUCACACAUGAUCUUAAAGCCUUUCAAGAAAAGCUUCACUCUUCAGUGAAAUGCUUAGAAGAGAUGGCAUCGACCAAGACUCGAGCAAGACUACAAAAAGAGCUGCAGAAGAGAAAGAUAUGCCAUGAUGUUGAAGCAGGAACAGCAUCAAACGACAACUAUUCAAACAUGGAGUUGGGUCCAAGCCAAGAUGAUGCAGAGAGGUUUUCAGUUUCAUUUGUAAAGCUACUGAAGGAAGCAACAGAGAAGACGAGUGGUAGCACAACAGCUGAAGAGGUGGUGAAGAAUGAAACUAGUCUGUGUCUGAGCAGUCUAGGUUUUUGCAUCAGCAGAUUGAUGCAAGAAACAGUAUGUAUUAUGACAGAAAUAACUCAUACAACUUGAUUUUCUUUAUUACGUUUAGUAACUAUAGCAUCAUGUAAGAAAAGACCAGGUGAUUUGGAUGUACAAAAUCAAUUUAAGUCAGAGAUAUCUAUAGCAAAAAGAGGUACAUCGUUU